AUGUCAUCACUAUUAUUCCAUUUAUACAUUCUCCUUGCAAUAUUAGUAUUAUACAAUUUAUACACACACAUUGCAAUAUUUCAUCUUCCAGUUUCCUCCGUCUUCCCCACUCAAACUUCGGGUGCCACACCAUACGAGUUUCUCAUGUUCACACAGCAGUGGCCGAAAGCUGUGAACGAAUCUAGCCCAUUGGCCCAAUUUACAAUCCACGGCCUGUGGCCGUCAAAAUAUAAAUCCGGACCAGUGUUGCGGUGCAACGGAACAGAUUUUGAUGAAAACAAGAUGACGCCUGACCUAGAAAAGAAGCUCAAUAUCUCUUGGCCGGAUGUCGAAAAAGGGAAUAAUAUGGGGUUUUGGGAAUACGAGUACAAUAAGCACGGUAGGUGUUCCGAAGAAACCUUCUCCCAGACCGAAUACUUUGAGCUCGCCAACAAGAUGUGGGGAAAAUUGGACAUAGCUCAAAUGCUUGCAAACCGUAGCAUCGUUCCAGGUAAAAAUUAUACCACAUCUGAAGUUGUGGCUGCCAUUAAGAAAGCAACUCAGCAUAACAUCACCAUUCGUUGUAAAGGCCAAAUAUUGCAUGAGGUGAUUGUAUGUUACGACCACGAUGGAAAACAAGUGAUCGACUGCGAUCGUGACAAAAGCAACUGCGGUCAGUCUAUAUCAUACGUGAAGUAA